AUGGCCGAACAAUCGACACUUGCCCCAUGGGAAAGUGCCAUCGCUGGUGCAACUGGCGCUGUGCUCGCCAAUGCGCUAGUCUAUCCGCUUGACAUUGUUAAAACCAAGAUCCAGGUUCAAGUGAAGAGUCGAAAAGAGACGACCAGCAACACCAAUCCCGACGCUACGCCCCAUUAUGAAUCUACGCUAGACGCUAUCAACAAGAUCUUUCAAGAUGAAGGCCUGCCGGGCCUAUACAACGGUAUCAACGGCGCUCUUAUCGGUGUCGCAUCUACCAACUUCGCGUACUUUUAUUGGUACUCGGUCGUUCGUGCUGCAUACCUGGCUUCGGGCCGAGGGUCGAAAACUCCCGGAACAGCCGUCGAAUUAUCGCUCGGUGCCAUAGCUGGCGCCAUUGCACAGAUAUUCACCAUUCCCGUAUCGGUUGUGACAACUCGUCAACAGACGCAGUCCAAGGAAGACAAGAAGGGGUUACUUGAAACUGCUCGUGAGGUUAUUGAUGGCGAGGAUGGCUGGACUGGUUUGUGGAGAGGCUUGAAAGCAAGUUUGGUUCUGGUCGUCAACCCUGCUAUCACAUACGGCGCAUAUCAAAGACUGAAGGAGAUCUUGUUUCCUGGGAAGAACAAUUUGCGUCCAUGGGAAGCAUUCAUUCUUGGAGCAAUGUCCAAGGCCCUGGCAACGAUGGUUACGCAACCAUUGAUCGUUGCCAAGGUUGGUCUGCAAUCGAGGCCUCCACCCGGUCGCCAAGGAAAACCAUUCAAGGGCUUUAUUGAAGUGAUGCAGUAUAUCAUUGAACAUGAGGGUCCAUUGAGCCUGUUCAAAGGCAUUGGUCCUCAGAUUACCAAGGGUCUUUUGGUUCAAGGAUUGCUCAUGAUGACCAAAGAACGAAUGGAGCUUUUGUUCCUCUUACUCUUCGCCUUUCUCCGCAAGCUCAAGCAAGAGAAGUUGAAGAAGUAUGCAGAGAAAGCCGCCGCGAACGCUAAGACAAGCCUUCCCGUUACGCUUAAAUGA